UCUUCCUUGCAACUUUCCAGUGUCCUGUCUAAAAUAUCCUUCAAGCAAGUAAAACUACUCACUGAGACCAUGGCCCCUGUCAUGACCACCGUGGAAGCCAAUCUCACCAAAGCAGAAGCUAAAUCCGCCGAAGGUGUUGACCGUGCCUACGUGACCUUCCUUGCUGGAAACGGUGACUAUGUAAAAGGUGUGGUUGGGUUGGCGAAAGGUCUGAGGAAGGUGAAGAGCAUGUACCCUCUGGUGGUAGCAAUGCUACCGGAUGUUCCCGAAGAGCAUCGCAACAUUCUCAUCAACCAAGGCUGCAUUGUUAGAGAGAUUGAGCCCGUGUACCCUCCAGAAAACCAAACCCAGUUUGCCAUGGCAUAUUAUGUCAUCAACUACUCCAAGCUAAGAAUUUGGGAGUUUGUGGAAUACUCUAAGAUGAUUUACCUAGAUGGUGAUAUCCAAGUGUUUGACAACAUCGACCACUUGUUCGACUUGCCUGACAACUACUUGUAUGCGGUGAAGGACUGUUUCUGUGAAGCCACCUGGGCCCACACUCCACAGUAUGGGAUCGGGUACUGCCAGCAGUGCCCCGACAAGGUUCAGUGGCCCGCCAACCUUGGGCCCAAGCCUCCUCUCUAUUUCAACGCUGGGAUGUUUGUUUACCAGCCCAAUCUGGCUACCUACAAGGACCUUCUUCAAACAGUUCAAGUCACCAAGCCCACUUCCUUUGCUGAACAAGAUUUUCUGAACAUGUACUUCAAGGGUAAGUAUAAGCCAAUUUCCAAUAUGUACAAUCUUGUGCUGGCCAUGUUAUGGCGUCACCCUGAGAAUGUUGAGCUUGAAAAAGUUAAAGUGGUUCACUACUGUGCUGCGGGAUCAAAGCCUUGGAGGUACAGUGAAAAAGAGGAGAAUAUGCAGAGAGAAGAUAUAAAGAUGUUAGUGAAGAAGUGGUGGGAUAUAUAUGAGGAUGAGACUUUGGAUUAUAACUAUUCACUCAAUGCAGAAAGGUUCACUGAGACGCUUUUAGAGGGUGGCGAACUCAAUUACGUUCCUGCUCCAUCUGCUGCUUAAAGUGUUUUUGCUUCCAUAUACUAUAUUUAAGACUCGUAGAUCAUUAAGUUUUAUGGAUUUGUAGUUGAGAGGACCCUUUUUGUGUGUCCUUUUUCAUAUAUUUUUCUUUUUUUUCAACUAGUAUAACCAGAUUGGUGUGAUAGGAUUUUACAUUACAUGAUUCACAUACUUUUCUUCUUA